AUGACGAAUAGUGAUGAGACUUGGACUGAGAUUGUUCAGACCGAAGUGCCCGCAGCUGAACCUCUAAAUGACAAGGACUUUCUUCUGGAGAAGGUCAUACCAAAAUUUGAUGCAGCAACGUCGGUGUCGGACCUGGCCAUACUAUCAUCUUUGCAACCUGCAUCUUCACAAAGUAACCUGACUACUACUGUCAACGGAAGCGAUUUGAGCUUAGCCGCAAGCUCCACCAUCAGUCACAGUCGUCAUUCUUUGGCAAGAUCAGAAUUCUCAAGGCCAUCUCUCUCCAGCAGGUCCGAGUUUUCGAGGCCUUCCCUGUCAGGACUAUCGAGCGAGUAUAUGGGAUUUCUGGGACCAAUGUUCCUUACAGUGGGUUCGAAAAGACGAGAAGGACCAGACACUGAUCGAAGUAGACUCAAGGAACUGCAAAGAAGAAACGAGAUGCUGCACCCAGCUAUGCGCUGUGCCUAUGCUACUGAGGUAACGACAUAUUCUUCGCCUACUGGAAGUGAAAAUGUUGUAAAAAAUGGGACCCAAAGUGCUCGGAAAUCAAAGAAGGUAGGAGAUCUAUAA